AUUCUUUUUAGUCAAUUCCCCAUAUCCUAAAUUUUGGAGUUAAAAGAAUUUGACUCAUAGGUAUAUACACCCAAUGUAUUGGAGUCCAAACAACAUAGAUUUUUAUAUCAACACUUAGAGUUAGCCAUUUGGAAAAACAAAACCUCCAUGAUUGACAUUGUGUAAAAAGUGUGUUUUUGAUUUCCAUUUUAUGAUUGAGAGAAAAGGGUACUUUAACCUAUUGUUGUAGUGUAAUUUAUAAUGCUAGCUAUAGAUGGUUAAAUGAACUCUUUUUUUAGUGAAUCUCCAAUGGAACAUCGGAAGUGCUUGAAUUUGUGAGGCAGAUACGAUUUGUUUGUAGAAAGAGAUUCCGGGAUUACUGACAACAAAUACUUUUUGGAUAGAAGAGUAUUUAUUGUGAGCUAGACUUGAAGCUGAGAUGAACUCAUUUAAGGUCUGUUUGGUGAAGAUGAGGAGGAGAGGAGGUGCAUUGGUGCUAAGGCUUGUCAGGAAGAUGCUAACAAGAGUCUUUACGUUUUCAAGAAGAUCAAAUUUCACUGUCAGAGCUGCUGCUGCUGCUGCUGUUGAUGAUGAUUGUGAUGACGAUAUGGGUCCAUUGCCAGAGGAUGUGAAGGAGGGACACUUUGUGGUUCAGACCAUCUAUGAUGGUGAACUAAAGAGAUUUGUCAUUGAAUUGGGAUAUUUAGCUCAUCCAGGUUUCUUGAAGUUGUUAGAGCUGGCCGAGGAGGAAUUUGGGUUUGAACAAGAGGGAGUUCUUGCUGUUCCCUGUGGUCCAAGUGAGCUCUUGAGGAUUCUUGAAACCCGAAAAGAGGGAAGUAGUGAUAAUAGAUGAACUUGUAAACCCAAGCCACAAGAUUGGCAGUUGCUGGAGGGAAGAUACGUGAAUAACUGAAUGUUCCUUUUGGUUUCUCCACUUCUAAUGCUAGUUCUUUGUUAUUCAGGUGUAAUAUGUUCUACAACAAAGGGUGUAUGUAAAUUUUGUUGAUCGAACAAAUGAAAUAAUGUAAAAUGGUCUUGAGGUGUGAUGCCCUUAGGAUUCAUAUUAGCUAUAAGAUUGGUUUAGCCUCGGUAA